AUGUCUGGACUGGACUUUUCAACGCGGGUGGAUCGGAUAGGGAACACCAGAAUCGAGCGAGAGAGUGAGGAAAGUCGAGCUGAGGUACAACUCCGAGGUCCGACAUUUUCCACCGACAUCAACAAUGGCGAGCCGAACGAUACUUGGGCUGUCGCGGGCUGUUCGGACCGUCCCGCGGGUGACCCCGUGUGUUGCCUCGAGCUCUCGAUUCAUCACAGGGCCACGGACGCCGUCACUGCUUCUUCGAGCCAGGAGGCCCCGGUUGACCCCUUCAAGGGACGGCUGGUCAUCGAGAACGGUAUCGUGCACCCGCCUGUCCUGGCCGAGGAGACCGCGAAGGCGUUCAACUUCCCUCCCCUCAAGAAGGCGCCGAAGACGCACGGCGUGCUGGUUGCAACGCUGCACCUGCGCGCCUACUUUGCGUACCACGUCGAUCUUCAGUCGAACUUUGCGCUGCACGCCGCGGCGAACCUGAACAUGCCGACGUCUGGCGUCAUCUCUAUGCCGAAAACGAAGGAGCUCGUGACCGUCCUCAAGUCGCCGUUCGUGCACAAGAAGUCCAUGGAGAACUUCAUCCGUUACACGCACAAGCGCUCGAUCAAGAUCUACGACUCUGACCCGGAAGUUGUCGACCUGUUCCUCCGGUAUCUGAAGCGCAACUCUGUUGGCGGCGUCGGUAUCAAGUGCUACCUUCACGAGUGGGAGGAGUUUGGCUUCGGAUCCAAGGACAUCGCCCCCAUCGAGCACCUUAAGGAGGCCAACACCAAGGCCCAGUCUGCUGCUCGCGUUAAGGAGCUCGUCAAGGAGCUCGGAGGAGAGACGUUCCAGGCUCCCAAGCCCACCGACCCCUCGAAGGUCGAGCAAAACCCCGAGGGUGUCGUUGCCGCCGAAGAGGCUCAGGUUGAGGCUGUCGCUGAGGCCGCUGAGGCUGCCAAGCCGGUCACUGAGACUCCGGCCCCGACGGAGGAGGCCAAGCCCGAGACCCCUAAGGAGGAGGCCAAGCCUGAGGCCGACUCCACCCCCAAGCAAUAG